AUGUGUCUUCCAUCAGCGCUGAGGCCACGUUGGUCGUCAUCGGCGAACCAGUCCUGCCACUGGGCGUCUACCAGCUGGGUCUCGGACCCCGGGUCGCUCGUCUUCUUCGAUCUGCUGGUGCUCCUCGUUCGGUCAGUGUACCCCCUGCUGACCGCGGCUUACGAACUGCCUCGGGAUGCCGCCUGUGACAUGGAGGGCAGCUACGACUUCGUUAUUGUGGGCGCUGGAAGCGCCGGUGCCACCCUGGCUGGUCGUCUCAGUGAGAACAAGAAGUGGAAGGUGCUGCUUCUGGAGGAAGGGUCGGCGCCGCACGUGUCCUCAGAAGUGCCCGGCCUUGUUUCGCCUGCCGCACUGCGAUCCAGCGGCAAGAUGUUCCACACGGAGCCGGAAGCCCACGCAUGCCGAGGACAUCUGGAAGACAGCUGCACCAUCGUGACCGGCCGCGGUCUUGGAGGUAGCAGCAGCAUCAACGACAUGUACUACCUCCGUGGGCACAGAUACGAUUACGACAAUUGGGAAGCACUUGGCAAUCCCGGCUGGUCGUAUGAGGAUGUGCUGCCCUUCUUCAUGAAGUCUGAGGACGCGGUAUCGGAGGACAUAUGGGGACUACCAGACGCACAAUCCCACCACAGUCGAGGGGGUCCUCUAACCGUCACCACGCCGACCAGGGAACAUCCGAUUAUCCACGCCCUGCAGCAAGGAGCACUUCAUUUCAACCAGUCUUUAGUCACGGACUUCAACAGAAAUGAUAUGAUGGGUUACGGAUUAGUCCAGCACACCAUAAGGAAUGGAACCCGUUGUAGUACGGCCAAAGCUUUUCUUGCACCAGCCAAACAUAGGAAGAACUUGCACGUUGUGCAGAAAGCCUUAGUAACUAGAGUACUAAUAAAUACUAAGACGAAACGUGCUUAUGGAGCUGAGUUCAUACUCAGAGGCAAAACACGUCGAGUAAGAGCUUCUCGGGAAUUAAUCGUUUCCGCCGGAGCCUUAGGCUCGCCAAAGCUACUCAUGCUCUCAGGCAUCGGCAGACCGGAACACCUACACCAAUUUGACAUACCUGUUGUUCAGAACCUGAGCGUGGGAGAAAACUUACAAGACCAUCUAAUGUAUGUUGGUAUUGCGUACUUGUUGGACAAGGAUGUGUACAGCGAACCAGAAAACAUCGACGCUGUGUACAAAUACCUCAGAGAAAGGACAGGACCUCUCGCUUGCCCGGUGUGUGAACGGUACACAGGUUUCGCUGCGAGAGCAAACAGUGACACGAAAGGAGCCCCUACUGUUCAAAUACGCCAUUACUGCGCUACCCACAAAUUGUCGUUUAGGAGCGCCACCAUGUUGUCGUUCUUCCAAGGUCUGAAAUUAGACACACUGCUGAGUUGGCUGGACGUGCUGAGACAAGCGCAAGCUGCUGUAGUGCCGGUGGUGACACUGCUUCGACCACUUAGCAGGGGUAAGUUGGAGCUGCGUAGCAAAAAUCCAAAAGACCCUCCGCGGAUAUCUGCCAAUUACCUGUCCCAUCCCGAUGAUGUGGAGACUCUGCUGGAUGGUAUCCAGCAAGUGGUCGACAUUGGCCACCACGUGCCUGGGGUGAACUCCGUCCACGACAUCCCCGUUAGCCAAUGCUUACAGCACCCGCGCCUCACGAGGCAAUAUUGGCGAUGCGCCUUGCCCUACCUCACUUCCUCAGGGUCCCGCCCAGUUGGAACGUGCCAGAUGGGCACCCACAGGGAGUCGGUGGUCGACCCACGUCUGCGAGUGCAGGGCGUCGGUGGCCUCCGCGUAGUAGACUCCUCCGUUUUUCCGCUGCACGUCAGUGGAAAUUCUAACGCACCUACCACCAUGGUGGCAGAGAAAGCAGCCGGCAUGAUAACUGAAGACUGUGGCGGCAGAUGUAGCUCUUGA